UCGCCAUAUUUUUCGCAGCAUUUAAUUUGCAAAUUAGGAAAAUGAUUUUACAUUCGUUGCAGUUAACUCCGUUUCUUUUGCUGCUUGCUGCAACUUCUCUUCAUGCAGACAGUGUUUCUGUUUCAAGUCGAUUUGAUUUCAAUUUCGAUGAUGCCAACGUCGCUGCAGUGUUGCCAGCUGCAGUGCUGCCAGCUGCCAGUAUUGACGGUAGAUCACUUGCCGCAGGACCAGCACCGACCUUGCAACCACCAUUCGAACCAUGUUCGCCAAAACCAAUAUGCCCCAACACACCACGGACCGGAUAUGCUCCCGAUGGAAGCUGUAACAAUCUGGUAGAUGGCGGUAGAGGGUCAGUAAACCGACCUUACCGAAGACUUAUCUCACCCGCGUAUUCUGAUGGAAGAAAUUCGCCAAGAAGAGCGACAAACGGCAACGAGCUUCCAUCCCCACGACUUAUCUCAACUUCCAUGGCUGGUUCCAUGGCCAGUUCGACAACGGCCAGCAGCAUCAUGCCGUUUUGGGGCCAAUAUAUUGUCCACGAUAUUGCUAACACCCCGUCCACAACACGAACACCCGGUGUUAACUGCCGAUGUGACCGCCCUGACAGAGAUUGCAUUAAUAUUCAAAUCCCUCGAAACGAUGUUCAGUUCACACAAGAUAGAAGACAAUGUCUGCCAGUUGUUCGAUCCCAGCCUGUUCAAGAUGCUCACUGCAACCCCGAUAUUCGGCAGCAAAAGAACGAAAUUACUUCUUACCUGGAUGCCGGUAACGUGUAUGGAAACAGUCAAAGAGAAUUCAACGACCUAAUCAACCAAAACUCACCGGCUGGCGAACUUAAAAUUGGAGUGCUUGGCCCACACGGUUCUGCUCCUGCUAACGCGCCAACUUUACCAUUAACUACACAAACCGGUCCCCAACUCGGUAACAAGAUGGUGUGUCCUCGUGGUCUUCAUAAACCACGACAUGCGCCUUGCUUUGCCGCAGGCGAUCAACGGGCAAACGAAAACAGUGCGUUGACCUCAUUCCAUACUUUAUUUAUGCGGCUUCAUAACAAGGUAGUUAGAGAUUUGAAAGCGAUUAAUCCAAGCUGGAGCAAACUCAAGCUUAUUCAGACCGGGCGUUCCAUCGUAGCUGCAAUGCAUCAACGAAUCACAUACAAGCAAUAUCUACCUGCCAUCCUGGGUUCGCAAUACAUGAACAGAUUUGGCCUGACACUACUUGAGCAGGGAUACUCCAACGGAUACGACGCGUCAUACGAUGCUGGUGUCAUUAACUCGUUCGCUGCAGCUGCUUUCAGGUUUGGUCACAGCCAGAUACCGGGUCGCUUGGUGAGAAGGAACCAACAUUGGGCUGUACAGGGAACUCCUAUUUUACUCAGAAACAGUUUCUUCAAUUCCAAUCCUCUCUUGACCACUAACUUCGGUGGAGCAAAUUCAAUUUUAAGAGGUCUCAGCAACGAACCUGCGCAAAAAAUCGACCCAACUUUAGUAGAUGAUUUACAAGACUUUCUGUUCGCACCAAGAGGUCGACGAGGACAUGACUUAUUGGCCAUCAACAUUGCCCGAGGUCGUGACCAUGGCAUCCCAUCCUACAAUGCUUACCGGGAAUUAUUCGGUUUGAAAAAGGCAAACAGUUUCAAUGACUUUGUUGAAAUACCCCCGGCUCGUCGAAGGUCACUACAACGUCUGUACAGAAACGUGAACGACGUUGAUCUUUACAUCGGAGGUUUAUCUGAACGACCAGUUGCGGGCGGAAGCGUUGGUCCUGUCUUCGCCUCAAUCAUCGCUUACCAAUUCCGAGCCCUCAAGAAAGGAGACAGGUUCUGGCACGAAAACGGCGCAGAAUGCACGGUUUUUACACCAGCCCAACUUGCCGCCAUUCGCAGCUUUACACUUUCAAGGAUAAUGUGCGACAACCUUCAAGAUCAACGAUCGAUCCAACCAAACCCUUUCCUUCAACCAUCAGUAGGAUCCAAUGCUCGUGUUCCCUGCAGUCGUUUCCCUGCUUUGAAUAUGGCGGCAUGGCGGGACAGUUCGCCUAAUCCAUUAGACACAACCACAUCCCCCGAAUUCACUGCAUGGUUUGUCGUGCCGUUCAAAAAUGGCAACCAGCUUAGUACAACUGCUUUAUUGGACGACUUACUGGUUCGUCGACCUGAUGACGUUUGUAGCAAAGUACUUGGUACAGAAGAACGUACAGUACGUGGAAAUAAACAGAUAAGGUUCAAGUGCCCACCAGGUUCGAUACGCGCGACAGACUUCCCGAAGAUAGAAUCACCAGAUUUGAUCUGGACUGCAUGGGAGGACAACUCAACUCCACGAAGGCCACGCUUCGAUGAUAACGAAUCACGUGAUGAGAGUCACGUGUGCCUUGAACCGCUUGCAAUCCAAGCUCAAACGUUAGCAGGGAGACCAGCUCGUGAGACCGGGGACGUUUUCAGAAAAUUUAGUCCAUUGGAAGGAUUAGAUUGCUUAGGAUCGGACCAAACUACUCGUCGAUGCAAUGACUACAGAGUUCGCUAUCUCUGCCGAACAGCUCUCCUGUCUAAUCCAACUUCUGGUCCCUCAACCACGACCCAAGCAACCACCACAGCAACUACCACAGCAAGCACUACAACGCGAAGCACCACCUUGUCACCUGCAGGUCGCUGGACAGCUUGGAUAAGUUUGGACGUUCCGCAGUUCGGAAGUGGUGACAACGAAUAUUUAUUCAGGGUUGCAAACGCAAUUGGAUUUUGCAGAAACCCAACCGGCAUUAGAGCACGUACUGUUGGCACUCACAUCAGCUCGCGUUUAAGUGGAGAUGUUAUUUAUUCAUUGAAUGCAAGAGUCGGAUUGAUUUGCCGCAACUACCAACAAACUAGUGGUAGAUGUCAAAACUACGAAGUCAGCUAUUUUUGCCAAUUUUCGAAUAUCAAUGGCUAGAUUCCUCCAAUUUUGGUUUCAAGGGACACAUGUUUUGCAUAUAAUCUUUUUCUGUGCAUAUAUAGGGUGGGGGAGGAUGGGACACAUUUUCAUUCUACUUUUUAUCGCAUUUAUUGGUAAUAAACAAGAAUAUUCAAAAAAAUAUAAAACCGCAUCCUCACAACUCCUAUAGACCGUUAACACGAUCAGGAUAUUUAAAUUUUAUGUGCUAAAGGUGUCCCAUCUCCCCCACCCUAACAUACAUAUAUGAACUCGUUGUAUAUAUAAUUAGGCAGCCUGUUCGCAUCAGUACCGCUCUGUAAUGAAAAUAUACUCAAAGUUUUAACAA